GCGGCGGGCCUUCGGGUCGCGGGUUGGAAGGGGAUGGAGGGACCGCUUGGCCUUAACCGGGCCGGUGCGGCUCUGCCCUUUCUUCAAGAGCAUCUCGGCUGCCCUGCCGACGGGCCGUAUAUCGCGCCCGGGGACACUGAGACGCAUUAUUCUCGUGAGCUGUGGCUUUCCCUGUCUUGAUAUCUCUGCACCUGAUACAAGUGGGAAGAUGUAGCUAUUGUGGCUGUUCAGAAUUUAGAUUCCUAGAUUUGGAGGUUUCAUAAUCUACACUCUCUGCAUAAAUGACAUAUGGAGGAGAAUCAAGGGUCAUCUACAAGGCAUUCCCUGCACAGAAAUUGGGAACUCUGAAAUUCAGACCUUUUACAUUUCCUUCCUCAUAUCUGAAUUGCUUGCGUUUGGACUUCUGCAGGCCUGACCUCUGCUGUAUAAACUUCUGCCAACAAGACAGUUUGGUUUUUCCUUGAUAGCAAUGAGGCGUGAUAGACCACAAGAACGGGCAGCUAGCUGGCCAGCAGAGCAUAUCAAGGUGCUCCUUGCCCUCUGGACUGAGGCAGCGGUCACUCAUGAUCUUAGCUCCCAUGGGAGGAACCGUGCAGUCUAUGAUGGCAUUUCUCAGCGUCUUGCAGAAAUGGGCAUUUAUCGAACUGGAGACCAAUGCCGUGAAAAAAUGAAAGGCCUGAAAGUGGCUUACCGCAAGGCUAAGGAGAAUAACUCUGUGGGGCGGCCGCCUAUCAAAUGUCCAUUCUAUGAUGAAAUUGACCAGAUCAUGACACAAUAUAUAAACUGCAGGCCAGGUUUUCCCUCUGAAGCUGGUGAAGGGUCCAGUGUCACCGCCGACAGACAGGAAGGCCUCUCCAUCUCAGAGACCUGGGGGGCCCAAUCCAGUAUCUCUGAGCGUUGGGGGUCCCAGGCCUCUGGGCACUGGCUGUCGCAAACCGCUGCCUCUGAAAGCCAAGGGACUGAUGAAUUCAGCUAUACCCAGGCAGAGUCUCAUGAUGCUUUUGGUGAGAUCCAAGUCAUCCCAGUUCAGGUGAAGGAAGAGGAAUCAGAAGAUGAAAUAUCACCUGAGCUGGAUGUGGCCUCUCCUAUACUAAUGGAGAUCCAACCUCCACCCAGACAGCUCAUCUCUAUGCUUGACCAACGUCCCCAUCUUCGAACUCGGAAACAAAAGGCUCAGGGGGAUGGGCAGUCAAGGGGUACUGGCCAGAAAUGCAGCCGUUCACAUCAACCGGAGCUGCAGAGAAUGCAGAAACAGGUUGCCAUCCAAGCUGAGGAAAAACAGAGUUUAGCAGAGUUCAUCCAGCAUGACAAGGAGAUGCGGCGUGAGGAUAGGGAGUUCCAGGCCCAGCUCUUUGAGAAACUUUUUCAGAAGCAAACUGAGCUUGUCCAGGUGCUAACUCAGCGAUCUCCUGCCAGUCCUAGUUCUGCCUGUACUAAUCCCAUGCAGACCUUGCAGAUGUCCACAAAGAAUGGAGCAGGAACAGCUGCUGGGCCUAGUUCACCACUGCAGGCUUUAUUAGAACAGAUAAUGCAGUCUGAUCUAUCAGGGAAGAGUCUAGGUAGACUUGCAGUGAAGGAAGCACUUGGAGGAAGAGUUAAGGUGCCCCCUGAAGUGCAGUAUUGGACUGCUGAAGAGAUACUGAGGUGGCUGUUGUCUCAGCAGCCUCCUGCAGACCACUGUCAGGAGAUGCUGUCAGGCCCAAGGCUCCCUUAUGUUGCGGGACAUGUGGGAGCAACAGGGAAAGGUGAUAAUUCAGAGGCACAUCUCUCAGUUUUGAAUCCAUUAUGUGAUUCAUAUCAGAGUUCUCAACAGCAAGGUAAAGACCAGCUCCAUAACAAGGCCCAACAUCUGUGUGCCAGCAAUUGUGCUAAAGCACUGGAAACAGACAUAGACUUAGAGACACACCGGCAGUCUUUCAGGCAGUUCCGUUAUCAGGAAGCCCAGGGACCCCAAGAAGCAUACAGGUGUCUAUGGCGGCUUUCCCACCAGUGGCUAAGGCCAGAGGUCCGUAGCAAAGAGCAAAUUAUGGAGCUGCUGGUUGUUGAGCAGUUCCUGAACAUACUUCCUGAAGAAAUCCAGACCUUGGUACGUGAAUGUCAGCCAGAAAAUAGCAAGGAAGCUGUAGCUCUGGCAGAGAAAUUCCAGCUUCAUUUUGAGUCCAAGAGGCAACGGGACCAAGUACGGGUUACCUCUGAUAACAUGGUUGUAGAUUCCCCCCAAGAAGACUUGAACGAGGAUCAGAGACAACCCUGCAUAAAAGACAGUCGAGAAAAUCCUAGGAAGGUUGGCUUACUAGGUACGGAAACACAUCUCCAGCUGAGGAAGAGACCCAGAUCAGAUCCGAGGGAGCAGAUUGUACCCAAACAGGAUGGAGAACAUGGUGUGGCAGCAGCCAAGCAGAUGAAGCUGGAUAAUAGCAUAGAGGAGCAAGAAAUGGCUGAAGCUGGAGAGAAAGCAAAAGAAAUGCCAACCUCCGUGCCAGGAAAGCAAGCUGGGAAAGCAAAAGGGCGGGGAAGAUCUGUUCCAGGCUAUAAUGUGGCUGGGGAGAGCCAAGCUGAGGGGGAAGCUAAGAUGAAAGGCAGUGGCCGAGUUUCAGAAGCUGUGAAUGGGGUGCUCUCUUCCAGUGUCCUGCGUGAGCAGAAAGUAUCGGCUGGCCUAGGGUCAUCUCAAUUGGCUUUUGACAAGGAUGCAACUGUGUCCAGCCCCCAACCUGGGCAUGAUGGUCGUGGGUCUCCUGACAUAGACAGACCUUCACUUAGUGACAGCAUUGACAUUUUACUGGAUUCUCCCUGGAGUGGAAAUGGCAGUGGUGACACAGCCCAUGAUGGGCCCCCUGGUUCCAGGAUGCAACCCCCCUGUGUGGGCUGUACCAUGUUGAAGGCUGAGUUGGAUACAGUACGUGAGGAGCUCCGAUUAACCCAAGCUUCCACACUGUAUGGGUUGAGUGGUACCUCUUUGCAGGACUUAUCAGAGGCCCUUGGCACUGUUGUACGUGUUCUGAACAACACAAAAUCUUUGUCAGGAACAAACACACCCCAGAACAUUGCUGAAAUCCCUAGUAGGCCAGUAUGGCGUGAAAGAAAUCAUCUCUGAAACAUUGCAUGGGCUGAAUAUACCCCUGAAUCAAGAAAUUCAGCAGCAAUAUAAAUAUUAGAAGGACCUGAUUUAAAAGGAGAGUGAAAAGCACCCUUUGCUCUUGAUUGCCUGAGACUUAUAACAACCCCUGCCCUUGAUUCCUUACCCCUUUCCCAUCCUGUUGAGUUGCUUAGACUACAGCAGGCUCUGAAGCAGAUGCUCUUUGCCUGCUAUGGUGCAAAUGUUGUUAUUCCUUUAUCUUUUUACUGUUACCCUUGUUUUUUUUUAUACAAUAGUAAUCUCUUUCUUCCCUUUCCUGCUUGAGUUUAAAUAAAGCAACUGGGAAU